UUUUGUCUAUAGUCACUCUUGAUUGCUGUUUUUGCGCCUUCAUUUCGAUCGCUUUUGCUCUCCCACUCCGACACGUUGGGUUGUUGCGAUCCCCAGUCACUCGCUUUGUUUACUCGUUCAGGGUCCCCUCAUAUCAUAUCAGCCGAUCUGCAUGUUUCACCGGCCCACUGGUCUUAAAUAGGACUUUUACAACCCCCCGUUGCCAUUUCCUUCCGCGCAGAACCAUUCGUCAGCAUUGCAUUGAACACGAUACACCUUGCUAGGUUCAUCCAUCCACCGUCAGUCAGCGUUCGUUACUUGGACACAUAUCGCUCGAACCUCGGGAGGACACAGAUCCAACCGUCGAUCUAAAUUUGAGAUCUCCAGGGGUCCAUCAAUCCCCCCAUAUUUUGGUCCAAACCAGGCAGUGAAUCUUUCGGAUUAACCCAAUAUGCGGUCCAUCGCUCUCCUUCCGUUGUUAUGCCUCCUGGUCUUGCUGGGUAUGGCCUCAGCUUGGCCACACCCGCACGGUGAAGUCGUGGCUAGAGCGGAAACAACCGCUGGAGAGACCGCUGCCGAUAAAGCAACAACAGGUGCCGCUGCUACCACUGAGCACAGCGCCACGAAGACCGAAUCCCAGAGCGACGCCACAGAAACCGGUAAAAAGACAGAGACAGGCAAAGAGACAGGGACAGCGACAGGCACAAAAACUGGAAAAGCAACGGGCAAGUCAACGAAGACGGGUACCGAUGCCUCCUCUACAUCGAUCGAUCCUCGGGACCCCGUGGGUGGUGUUUCGAUGCUCACCUCCGCUGGAGCCACCACCUACUACAAGAUCGGCGAAUAUGUGACCUUCGAAUGGAAAUAUACCUCGCUUCAAGUAACUCCCUCGGCCGUCAACGUUGUCGCAUCCUGCAGCAAGAACAGUGAAACCUAUACCAUCGCAAGCAACAUGAGCGUCUCGGAAACCGGUAAGGUUGUCUGGGAUACUAAGAAAUACCAAUCCAAUGCGACGGUUCCGCUGUUAACCGCGACUUACACCUUGUUUGUCUACGAUGCCAACUCCACGCUUGGAGACACCGCUUCUGCUGGACACUUGGGCUCGCAAAUCGGUUACAACUUCGGAAUGUACACUCCGCAGUCUUACACCCCUCUUGACCAUUACAUCUGUGCUACUUGCAACAGUGCCCUCACUAGCACCGAACGCAACGCAAUCAAGUUUGCCGUCGGCAUGGCCGCUAUCACCGUCGCAUCCUUCACGUGGUUUGUAAGCGGCACCGGUGUCUUCUACUCGUAAUUCUUCAAAACCGACCCCUGAUGAA